CCUUCAUCGCGCCAUGCAGCACGAUCGGAAGGCAAAGACCAACCAGCUCGCCACCUCCGCCAAGAUCGACCUCCGAAAUGAUAUCCGAGAGGCGCUUGAUAGUGGCCAUUCGGACUCCUCCAGUGGCGAAGACGUCGAUGACCCUGCAUCCGCCCCCACUGUUGCCGAGGAGCAAACCGAGGCCGCCGAUACGGUCGAGCACUACGAAGUCGCUGGCCAAACGAUCCUCUCGGACGCGGUGAACCAGGCCGUGGAACGCUUCGAGACGAAAGAGACCGAGAAGCUCGUCAAGGAGUAUGAGAUAGUGUCCCACGAACAUGAGACCUCCGGUGGUUAUCUGGCCGACGACGAUUUCGAGCUGGUUGACCGUGUUCGUUUGUAACAGCGCGCAGUCUUGUAUUAUUGAUGACGUGUCUUUUGUCCAUCUGGAGUCGGGCUCUGGUUUCUAUUGCGAUCACGAUGGAGUUGGGUAGAUUUUAAUGCUACUGAUGAUUGUUCUUAUGAUGCUGCGACUUUCCUGUUUGGCUUGUCGAUGAUGACCUGAGUGUCUGUUUGCAUUCGAUGUUUUGUCUUUAUUCAUUAGACCAGUUGUUUUCAUACCCCAGUCAGUGGCAUAUUAUUAGUACAGUGCAGGCUAUUAUUACCCAUAUUGCUAAGAACAUAUUUUGAUUCAUUCUGAGUAUU